AUGGCCGCCUCAGCCGCCCAGUUUACCCCACCGGAGUCUCCUGCCUCGCCGUCCGCGUCAUUCUAUGACUUAAGUGACGAUGAAGAGGGUGAAUACAACACAAUCAUGCACAGUAGUUCUGGAAAGGGAGUCAAGCUCCUAUUCUCGAAGAGCAAGGUCUACGUGCAUCCUACACCAACUUCGAAAGACAAUAUUGCUGGCUUUGUAGCUCUCAUUCAGCAGAAAACACCAGAGUUUGAGACCCUCACUCGUACCACCUCUUCCGCAUCCUCGCAAAGUGCAAAGGCAUCCUCCUAUCUCCUCGCGUGGUUGCCAGAAUCUUCUCUUGGAAGCGCGCAUGACUCUUACAUCAAAGUAGAACUCUCAGAUGGUGACUCUCCGCCGAAACAGACACAUCUCGUUCCUCAACCGCCAACCUCCGCAUCACACAUCAACCCUAUCGGCUCGUACGCUUUUGCAGUUCCAGUCAGUGAGAUAUAUUCUCUUCUGAUCAGGCCACCAAAUUUAGGAUGGUGGUUUGGCAGCCUGGUGAUCAAUACUCGGGCAGGCGACAGUUAUCCUGCCUUAUUCUUCCAUGACGAUGAGUGUCAGUCCACAAUAUUGCAGAGGAAGAAAAAGGCGAGAGAUAGCUUUGAUCCAUUCAGUGAUGAUGGAGGCACUUUCUGGGGUGGUGAUGAAGUGUUGAGAUGGAUCAAGAGAUAUGUUCCUGUCGAGCGGUCUGGUGCAGACCCCUCCGUCUAUCUGAUUGAUCCGAGUGCUGAAGACAAGUUGGCCUUCGGAAGCAAGACUUUCACUCCGCUAGGCAGUCCUACGCUUUCUGGUCAGAACAAAGCCGCCGCAUCAAAUUCGAAUAAGGACGCUGGAAUGGAUCCUGUCACGAAAGCGCUAAAGCAAGCAAGGUGGAGUUUUCUUGAAAAGAUGAGCCAAGUCACAAACUUCACGAAAAGAACAGCAUUCGACCUAGCCGACAGUCCCAAGGUUCCCCCUCAAGUACGCCGUCUCAUGAAAAAUCCAGAAGUACAGACGCUUCAAGAUGAAUUUGAUAGCGCGCGAGUCUAUCUCGCGCGUUGGGCAAUGGGUAUUGCAGAACAAAGCGAUAGAGAGAGGAAGCAGCGCAUUUUCACGGCCCAGGACAUACUUGAAAAAGAGGACACCGAUGUCGGAGAAUUUGAGCUGCUUGACAGGGAAGUGUCCAGCAUGUCGCUUUCGGAAAAACGAAAGCCUGUGGACCUGGAGGAAUGGCGUAAAUUCUUCGACCCGCGGACUGGUCGAUUAAAUGUUACAGUGGAUGAGGUCAAGGAAAGGAUCUUCCUUGGUGGACUGGAACCAUCUGAUGGAGUCCGAAAAGAAGCCUGGCUAUUCCUCUUGGGUGUCUAUGGAUGGGACAGCUCAGCAGACGAGAGAAAAGCAGUAAUUAACAGCAAGUAUGACGAGUUCGUCCGUCUCAAGGGAGCUUGGUGGGAACGAUUAGUGGACGGCACAGGUAGCGCUGAAACAAAUGAAUGGUGGAGGGAACAGAAAGGCAGAAUAGAAAAAGAUGUUCACCGCACAGACCGACAUAUACCUUUGUUCGAAGGUGAAGACAUCCCGCACCCAGACCCUGAUUCUCCUUUUGCAGAGACUGGCACGAAUGUCCACCUGGAGCAGAUGAAGGAUAUGCUUCUGACGUACAACGAGUACAACCCGGAUUUGGGCUACGUUCAAGGCAUGAGUGACUUACUGGCGCCUAUCUACGCUGUGGAACAGGACGAUGCUGUUGCCUUUUGGGGCUUCGUUGGUUUCAUGGAGAGAAUGGAAAGGAACUUUCUCCGAGAUCAAUCUGGUAUGAGAACUCAACUGCUGACCCUGGACCAUCUCCUCCAAUUGAUGGAUCCCGCUCUCUACCUUCAUCUUCAGUCAGCGGACUCGACGAACUUUUUUUUCUUCUUCCGCAUGCUCUUGGUGUGGUACAAACGCGAGUUCGAAUGGGCUGAUGUACUUCGCUUGUGGGAGUCUUUAUGGACCGACUAUCUUAGCAGCAAUUUCCACAUAUUCAUUGCACUUGCUAUUUUAGAAAAGCAUAGAUCCGUCAUCAUGGCUCACCUUAAGCAUUUUGAUGAGGUGCUGAAAUACGUCAAUGAGCUCUCUAAUACGAUUGAGCUUCAAUCAACUCUACUAUGUGCGGAAGCACUCUUCCGCCGCUUUCAACGCACGGUUGAGGCCAUCGACAAGAAGCACAACUUUCCAGCACCACCCGUACGACAGCGAAAACCCGCUGCUACCACUUCUCGAUCCCAAAAUGCAAGUUCCUCAUCAGCAGUGGAUUCUCGCCCGUCUUCAUCUCCGAAAACCAUUGCACGUAAGUCUUCGACAGAAGAGAUGCCAAAGGAACGCGUCAUCAGUCCUGAGUUACGGCUUCUGCUUAGUCGGAAGGUUGAAAAGCUUGAUAAGAAAGAUGUCGCCGAUCACGGAGGUGGUGUCGGUGCAUGA